UGUCGAUACCUGGUACCAACUAUGCCUUGCUUCUCAUUCGGAUGGCAUUUUGACAUGUGCAUGUGGAACUAAAUAAACUAACUCGACUGUUUCCUUUUUUUUUCUGGUAAAACCUUCCGUCUCAACAAAAAUUUCCGCGAAACAUCAACGAACAACAAACUCUACCGGAGCUCUAUCCCUGCAUCUUAAUCGAAGUUUAGCAUUAGAGGGACGUCUCUUGGCUCAUUUCGCAGGGCUGAAACUGAUACCGUUUACCCCGCGCUGAAGUCAUCCACACACACAGACACACACACCGCGCGAACGCGUUUUCUCCAAGCCCCAACACUCACACGUCAUCACCGUGGCACUGCGAGUUUGUGUAAUCCCACACAACUCUUGAACGCUUGCUCGGUUUCGUACCUUUCCACAUAAGCCAAAACACGCCAGAGAUAUAAACUUCUCAUACUUUCGAAAUGUCUGAUCCUCUUCCUGAGGACCACGGGCCACAGAAACAGGGUCGCGUUGAACUUGCAGAGUCAAAAGACGGCGAAAUGGACCACAAGUCGGAGGACCAGCCCAGCCCGGGAAUCCGGGACAGCAAGGGAUGGGACGGGAAGCUCAGGUUUCCAAAGAACGCUGUUGUAGCCAACCCCGAAGCCUUGUCGGAUGCUGAGUACUCUGACGAUGAGAACGUCAACCCGGGCGAUGUGAUCCCCGCGGAUGAAGAUCUUCUCGACGGUGAACCAUUAGACACGGAGGAACUCAACGCCACGCACUCUCGCAUCCGAAGCAUCCCGAGCCUCAAACUCGAGCGAUUCAAGCAGGUUGUCAGCCUCUGCCUGCGUCAAAAUGUCAUACAAGAAAUCGAUGGACUUGCCUGCCUGGCUGGUACUUUACAAGAGCUCGACCUAUACGACAAUCUCAUAACACACAUCAAGGGACUGGGCGAGUUGAAGGCCCUCACAUGGCUGGACCUGAGCUUCAACAAGAUCAAGCGCAUCGAGAACGUCAAUCACUUGACGGAACUCACAGAUUUAUUUUUCGUCGCCAAUAAGAUCAGGACUAUUGAAAACCUCGAGGGGCUGAACAAGCUGCGUAUGCUGGAGCUUGGAUCGAACCGGAUCCGCGAGAUGCAGAAUCUCGAUUCGCUCAAGGAGCUACAGGAGCUCUAUGUAGCAAAGAACAAGAUCACCCAGCUGACUGGAUUGGCUGGGCUUCCAAAGCUCCGUCUCCUCAGCAUACAAUCCAACCGAAUUCAAGACCUUUCGCCUCUAAAGGACGUCCAUACGCUCGAAGAGCUAUACAUAACACACAACGCCCUGACCUCUCUGGAGGGGCUGGAGCACAACAUAAACCUCAAGGUCCUGGACGUUUCAAACAACCAGAUUUCCAGCCUGAAGGGCCUUGGGCCGCUGAAGGAACUGACCGACUUUUGGGCCAGCUACAACCAGAUAGCCGACUUUGCCGAGGUUGAGAAGGAGCUCAAGGACAAGGAGAAUCUCGAAACGGUAUAUUUAGAAGGCAAUCCGCUGCAGCUUCGGGGCCCGGCUCUCUACAGGAACAAAGUACGGCUGGCUUUGCCCCAAGUGAAGCAGAUUGAUGCCACUUUUGUUCGCUGAGGUCUGUUUUGGCUUUCAUUUCUCUUCGCAGUAAAUACUACCCCUUUGUACCACUUUUUCUCCAAGACGCAGUCUCGGCAGUUUCAUGUUUGAGCCGAUGGAUGAUAUACGAAUAGACGACGACAACCCAGUGAAUAUUAUUUCAGCUGCGUUUGUCACGGGGCACCUCCCAAAGCCCCAUUGAUGGCCUGGGUCGUUGGUUCAGGGGCCUACUGGCUUUUCAUAACUCAAAAGAUGUUCGGCACAACAUGCUCAUCACCAUGCGUACUGUGCUGUGAUGUCUGUUCCUCAGCACGUUUUACAUUUUAAGAUGCAGCCAUGGGCGUCAUAACGAGAGUGUCAUAUUUAACAAGCUUUCGGUUGAUGCUAUGAAUGUACGACCAAAGUCUACAGGGACAUGCUCAGUGGGCCCCGACGUAUCUUGGCCACGAUAAUCCCAACACCCAAAAUGCAAAGCUACCCCUAGACUGUGGGACUCGGAUAGUUUUGCGCUUUGUUAUGUGCAUUCAACCAAAGAUCCAGAGCUUGUCGGUGGAGAAGUACUGUACAAAAAGAGCUGGUCAGCAAACAUGCGGAGAAGGGAGAUACGAGCGAAGAGCAAGCAGGCAGUUAUACUCACAUUUGCGGGCUGGUUGAAGCGGAUGCCCUUGUCAAGAGCCGAGAUGGUCUUGAUGUCGGAGUCCUCCAUGUCCCAGCCGACAGCCUCAAAGUUGCUCUUCAUGGUCUUCUCACGCGAUGACUUGGGGAUGACGGCGAGGCCACGCUGGGUGGCCCAGCGCAGAAGGACCUGUCCCGGGUCCUUGCCGUACUUCUCGGCCAGCUUGACGAUGGUGGGCUCCUCAAGCAGCGGGGUCAGAGCCUCGGCGUGCUCCAUGUUGAACUCCUUGAAGCUGGCAGGGCCAAAGGAAGAGUAUGCAGUGACGACGAUGCCCUCGGUCUUGCAGGCCUCGAUGAGCCUCUGCUGGACCAAGUAGGGGUGGUGCUCGAUCUGCAGGGUGGCGGGACGGAUGCGGGCGUAGCGGAGCAUGUCGUACAGCAGCUGGGCCUGGAAGUUGCUGACACCAAUGGCCUUGCUCAGGCCGGCGUCAACGAGCUUCUCCAUGGCGGUCCAUGUCUCUUGGAUGCUGGCCUUGCUGGGUCGAAUCUCGGUGCCGGCGUCGUCGUAGUGCCAGCCCGGCGGGUAGCGGACCGAAGGGUCGACAUACUCGAGGGCCACGGGGAAGUGGAUCAGGUACAGGUCGAAGUAUUCAAUGCCCCAGUCGGCGAGCUGCUUCUUGACGAUGGGCUCAACGCGCUCGCCGUCAUGGAAUGUGUUCCAGAGCUUGGAGACGAUGAAGAGCUCCUCACGCUUGACGAGACCCUCAUCGAUAGCGCGCUUGACGCCCUGGCCGCACUCGACUUCAUUGCCGUAGUCUAUGUGUGUUGAAGCGUCCGGAGAUUAGUGAAUUGCCCAUAGGGAAGAUUGGAUAAGUGGAGAAUCUAGACGCUGAGGGUUCGAUUGGGGGAGGAAUGUAAGGGGCAGCUUGUGGCACACCACCAUGAUAUUAUCCCGGAUAAUCACGCGCCCAUUACUGCGGGGUAAUGGGACAUAUAUCGCCGAGAGGCAAGUUUUUGGGGGAUGGGAUUUUGCGUUGGAGACGGCGCACUCACCACAGGCACCGUCGAACAGGCGGUAUCCGGCCUUGAUGGCGUUGUAGACCACGUCGGCGCAGACGCUGUUCUCGACCUUCCAGAGACCGAAUCCGACCUGCGGCAUGUCCAGGCCGUUGUUCAGCUUCAUCGUUGGCGACGCCAUGAUUGCUGGGUUUCUGGGGUAUCAAAUCGGGUUGUACAAGUCAAGAAAACACAGAUCUGGGGCCGGGUUGCAAAUCAGUAUUGAGGAACGAUGACGUAGUGAUGGGGAAAAGGUUAAGCAAACUCACUUCGAAGAGCAGAUAGAUACAGGUGAGAUGAGGGGAAAUAGGCAAUUAUAUUCUCGUCAAAAAGGAAGGAGCAAUAAUACUAGAACCAGAAUCAGGUUGCCCUCCUUCCUCAUGGCUAGAAGGAGGGCGCGCGGGAUUUAUACAGACAUAAAAACUCCGCAGUCCUGGAUUCCCGCCUCACCACUAUCUGCAAACCGUUAGGGUCCCCGAUACUGUACAAUGAUCCAUGUGGAUGCGUUGCCCAUCCCGACCGAAGUUUUACUGGGUAUUGCCGAUUGUAUUAGGACUAGGCUAACCAGUGCCACCAAUGCCUAUAGCAAUAUGUGAAAUCUUGGCUCCGCAAUCUGCAGUGUCAUUCAUCACCAAGCCCAGCCCAAGGGGAAUUGAUGGAUGCCAGGCGCACCAAUGAGAAAUUAAACCACGGCCGUUGAGGGACCCCACUGCCACUGGGAGGUUCUCUUUUGGUUCUUUGUUUUGUUCUGUUUUCUGAUACAAAG